AUGGUCUCCUUCUCACGCUGUGUGCUGCUUGCGGGCCUCCUGGGCUCGGCAAUUGCUGCGACGCCUGCGCAAUGGCGCUCGCAAUCAAUCUACUUUAUGCUCACGGAUCGAUUUGCGAGGACGGAUGGCUCGACGACGGCGCCUUGCGAUACUAGCAAGAGGGAAUAUUGCGGUGGUACAUGGAAGGGUAUCGAGGACCACCUGGACUAUAUCCAGGGAAUGGGUUUUACAGCCAUCUGGAUUACCCCGGUCACUCAUCAACUCCAAGGAGACACGGGAUAUGGAACAGCCUACCACGGCUACUGGCAACAGCACAUCUACGAGCUCAACUCCAACUACGGUACAGCCGAUGAUCUCAAGUCACUGGCUUCGGCUCUGCACAAGCGAGGGAUGUACCUCAUGGUUGACGUCGUGGCUAACCACAUGGGCUACGACGGUGCCGGCAACACAGUGGACUACAGCGUCUUCGACGCCUUCAACAGCCAGAGUUAUUUCCACCCCUACUGCCUAAUCACAAACUACGACGACCAAACCGAGGUGGAAGAGUGCUGGCUCGGAGACACGACCGUCUCCCUGCCCGAUCUCGACACCGAGUCGAGCGCUGUGCAAAAUAUCUGGUAUAAUUGGGUCGGAUCACUUGUCUCAAACUACUCCAUUGACGGUCUGCGCAUCGACACUGCCAAGCACGUCCAGAAAGACUUCUGGACUGGGUACAACAGCGCCGCUGGCGUUUACUGUGUUGGCGAAGUCUUUGAUGGUGAUCCAUCCUAUACCUGCCCCUACCAGGAAGUCAUGGACGGGGUUCUCAACUACCCAAUGUACUACCCCCUCCUCCGUGCAUUCGAUUCCACCAGCGGAAGCAUCAGCGACCUCUACAAGAUGAUCAACACGGUCAAGUCCACCUGCAAGGACUCAACCCUUCUAGGAACAUUCUUGGAGAAUCACGAUAACCCACGCUUUGCCUCAUACACCCAGGACAUGUCCCUCGCCAAGAACGCCGCCGCAUUCACCGUCAUGGCAGACGGUAUCCCGAUCAUCUACGCCGGCCAGGAACAGCACUACGACGGUGGCGCCGACCCGGCAAACCGCGAGGCAGUCUGGCUAUCCGGGUACAACACCGAUGCCGAGCUGUACAAGCUCAUCGCCAAGGCGAAUGCCAUCCGCUCGCACGCUAUUGCCAAGAACAGCGGGUACAUCACGUACAAGAACUACCCAAUCUACCAAGACACCAACACCCUCGCCAUGCGUAAGGGCCUUAACGGCUCGCAGACCAUCACCGUGCUCUCCAACAAAGGCGCAAGUUCGAACACGUACACGCUCCCGCUGUCUGGGACGGGCUACGCGGCUGGCACGAAGUUGACGGAGGUUAUCACUUGCGCUAAUGUCACUGUUGAUGCGAGUGGGAAGGUCCCUGUUCCUAUGGCUGGUGGGGAGCCGAGGAUUUUGUACCCGAGUUCGUUGUUGGUGGGUUCGGUGGUUGGGUGUUAG